AAUACAUACCCAAUGGAAUAUUACGAUUACAUCGCAUUCUAGUCUUGGUUUUAGGGAGCAUCUCAGUUCCCCAAUUGUCAUUUAAAGUGCUCCGCUCCUCCCCCCUCCCCCCAUUGGGGUAUUCGGAUUCCUGCGGUUUCCCCGAGACAUGAUCCUUCCCCAUCCCCAUGGCUACAGGAACGGUCGACCCUUCGGCCCCUAAGGACGUACAAGGGACCUCGACCCCUCCCGGAGACAGCGAUACGGGGUCAAGUAAUGUUCACGAGAAAGAAAAACAGAUGGUGGCUGCUAUUCGCCCGCCGCACCAACGACAUCGGAGUCCUUUCGUCAUCACCGAGCGGCCGGAGGAAAAACAACUAGGCGUGUCUACCCGCACCUUGACAGUUGAUGACUUUGCACUUCUGAAAACCCUCGGGACUGGCACUUUCGCUCGGGUAUGGCUAGUGAGGUUGAAGGACGAGAUACGACAGAGAGAUAAAGUGUAUGCACUCAAAAUACUACGAAAGGCGGAUGUGAUCAAAUUGAAGCAGGUUGAACAUGUGCGCAAUGAGCGCAAGACUCUCUCGGCGGUUGCCGGCCACCCUUUCAUAACGACGCUGAUAGCCUCCUUUUCCGACGACCAAAGUCUAUACAUGUUGGUACGGGCCCCCAGGCGCUUUCAUUUUUGCCCCCUCAGUUUUGACACCGCCUCGUUGCCGAUCCGCCAACGUGUGCCUUGA